AGUGCGGAAGGCAGCGAAAAGAGAGAGAGAUACCGACCCCGUCGGGCCGAGGAGGAGGAGAAGGGCCAGGCUGAGCGUGGGACCGGGGAAGGAGGGAGAGGAGGAGAGACGCUCUCCCUUCUUCUCCAACUUUGCGCCAGGCAGGCAGGGGCGCACAGCACCCUUCCCAGUAGGGGGCCCCGGGAAUCCCGGCACCAACCUCUCCUCCCCCCACCCCCUGGACACUGACUAUUUUAAAAUAAACCCGAGGGAAGCAGGGAGCGAACCAUGAAGGCGGCGGUGGACCUGAAACCCACCCUGACCAUCAUCAAAACCGAGAAGGUGGAUGUGGAUUUCUUCCCUUCCCCGGAUAUGGAAUGUGCAGAUGUGCCUUUGCUAACCCCGAGCAGUAAAGAAAUGAUGUCCCAGGCGCUGAAGGCCACCUUCAGCGGCUUCACGAAAGAACAACAGCGUCUGGGAAUCCCCAAAGACCCCCAGCAGUGGACGGAGACUCAUGUACGGGACUGGGUGAUGUGGGCUGUGAAUGAGUUCAGUCUGAAGGAUGUGGAUUUCCAGAAGUUCUGCAUGAAUGGGGCUGCCCUCUGCGCUCUGGGCAAGGACUGCUUCCUCGAGCUAGCGCCUGACUUCGUGGGAGAUAUUCUCUGGGAACAUCUGGAGAUCCUACAGAAAGAUGAGAUAAAGCCAUACUCAGCUAACGGAGUGAACCCCGCAUACCCAGAAUCCCGCUAUACAUCGGACUACUUCAUUAGUUAUGGCAUUGAGCACGCACAGUGCGUGCCUCCGUCAGAGUUCUCUGAGCCCAGCUUUAUCACAGAGUCCUACCAGACCCUCCAUCCAAUCAGCUCAGAGGAGCUCUUCUCCCUCAAGUACGAGAAUGACUACCCGUCGGUCAUCCUGCGUGACCCUGUCCAGACGGACUCCCUGCAGACAGACUACUUCACGAUCAAGCAGGAAGUUGUAACGCCAGAUAACAUGUGCAUGGGGCGCACCAGUCGAGGUAAACUAGGGGGCCAGGACUCCUUCGAGAGCAUAGACAGCUACGACAGCUGCGACCGCCUGACGCAGUCCUGGAACAGCCAGUCGUCCUUCCAGAGCCUUCAGCGCGUCCCCUCCUACGACAGCUUUGAUUCUGAGGACUACCCCGCGGCGCUGCCCAAUCACAAGCCCAAAGGCACCUUCAAGGACUAUGUUCGAGACCGGGCCGACAUGAACAAGGACAAGCCAGUCAUUCCUGCUGCUGCCCUCGCUGGCUACACAGGCAGUGGACCCAUCCAGCUGUGGCAGUUCCUGCUGGAGCUGCUCACCGACAAGUCCUGCCAAUCCUUCAUCAGCUGGACAGGCGAUGGCUGGGAAUUCAAGCUCUCGGACCCAGACGAGGUUGCCAGGCGAUGGGGCAAGAGGAAAAACAAGCCCAAGAUGAACUACGAGAAGCUGAGCCGUGGGCUUCGCUACUACUAUGACAAGAACAUCAUCCACAAGACGGCCGGCAAGCGCUACGUGUACCGUUUCGUCUGCGACCUGCAGAGCCUUCUGGGCUACACGCCCGAGGAACUCCAUGCCAUGCUGGACGUCAAACCCGAUGCCGAUGAGUGAAUCGGACCAGCCAGACUGUGUGGAAGGUUGUGUCGUGUCGGUCUGGAGAUUCAACAAGACCUUAAAAAAAAAUUUUUUUUUUUUUUGCAGUUAAAUAUCUAUCUAUAUUUUUUCAAGAGCAACUCAAAUUUGACAUUUUUGAUGGGGAGAGGAGGGUGGGCAAAGUCAAGCUUUUGGCUGAAUCUGACAAUGUUUGGUUGGGAGAAGAAAGAUGGAACUUUUUAUCUGAAAGUUCUCUGAGAGGUUUUUGAGGGUGAAUUUCUUAGUUUUAAGGAAGCCAGAAAAAUAUAGCUCACUUAAAAAAAAAUUAAAAUAAACCCUCCCCAUCUCAUACCAUCUGGAAACAUUAUUAAUGAAAAGAUCCCCUUGAUUACUGUGUUACCAGCGCAACAAACUGACAAUUCAGGAAGUGACAAGACUCCUAAGGAUUAUGCGAUUGGUUCUUUUAUUGAUGGGAGGGGCAAAGGGAAGGUGGAACUUCCUGUUUUGUGGGAGGGGAUGACAUAGGAAAAAACAAGAACAGGUAUUGUUCCUUUGCUUUUCUGUCGGUUAUUUUUCUGUUACACAAAAGACAGAUUUUUUUUUAGGAGGGACCAAGAUUUUUUUAAUUAUUAUUUGUUAAAAUUUUAUUUUAUUAAAUUUUGUGCCAGUAUUUUUUUUAAAAUAGUCUUAAGCUCCAAGAUGGUCUCAGUCUUGCAAUAUUGUGUGUGUAUGUAUGUUUCUGUUAUGCCAGCAGAGAGUUUUAUCACAGUGAAGAAAAAAUAAUUGUUUAUGUAGACCCCACUGGAGAAGUGUAGCGCUCUGACUUAUGAUCUCUGAAUCUUAUGUGAAGGAAAAUGAGUGCCAAAUCAGCCACCAAAAAUGCUGGGAGGAUGCUUUGCAUUUGCAUUGAGUCCCAUGCACUUUGCUCUAUUGUUUGUUGCUAAAGCUGGAUGAAAUGUCUCAAAAGGAAAUUUUGUUGUUGUUGUUGUUGUUAAAAAACAUCUUUUUGGGACAGCCAUAUUUUCAAAACCAUGGUUUUUGUUUUAAAUUUCUGAUGUAUCGAAAAUGUUGCUGACAUUUUCAUAUAUCAUUUUCAAAAUCAGAAAGUGGUUUUUUUUUAAAGGAAUGUUUUUAACACUUUGAAGUAACUGCUAAUUUGUUUUGUUUAAUAUCCCACCCCGUGACUAAGCUGAGCAAAGAAGUUCAGUUUUGACAUUUUCCUAUUUUGAAUGCAGUCAGUGCUGAAGGGAAAAUGGAAAAAUGCGUUAGGGAAAAAAAAUCAUGAAAAGUUUUGAACGAUGAAAAGUGAAACAAGGAUGAUUUGGAAACUUUUGAUGGUUUUUCCCUCCGUUUUUGACCAGUGCUGCCUGCAGUGCUGUACGGUCAGCCAUUCUAGACACAUCCAAAAUGGAAACUCAGACUCAAAUGGGAGCAAUCCCUCAAGAUGCCUUGCACACAAGCCCAGUCCAGUGAAACUUGCACGCACAUGCUUAAACUCAUGAAUAGCCCCAUUGAAGUGAGUGGACUAUUUGUGUGCCUGAUGUUAAGCAUGUGCUUAACUGCUUUGCUGGAUCAGGCUUUGAGCCCGGAGUGUGUGGAUACAGCUUAGACAUGGAGGAUAUAUUUACACAACAAACUCCUCCCCGCAGCCGCAAUUCUCAGAGCCGACUGGGGCUCACACCGCGGGGUUAAAAAUAUCAGUGUGGAUAUUCGGGCUCGGGCUGAAGCCUGGGCUCCAUGACCCUCCCGUCUUGCCAAAUUUCAGAUCCCAGGCUCCAGCCCGAGCCUGAACGUCUACACUGUUGUUUUUGGCCCCACAGCCU